CAUCUUCAGGCUUACAGACCUGAGUGUUGCAGAAGGACGCAACAUGUCAAGUGGGCAGGUAACGGUUAACUUCUGCAUGUGGGGAAAAUAUGUUGAACUAAACAGAGCUGGGGAAAGCAAGCUGGAUUUCCACUCAUCCAAACUGUAUUAACGGGAUUAUCUGUUGGCAUCAGAAAGAGAAAUUAAAAAUAUGUCGGAGCUGUGCGUAAAAAUCCACAAGAUUCCUGUGAGGGGUUGAUCGUCGGUUGUGCCAAAGUGCGACUUGAGGAGCAGCUUAUUCAUGCAAAUUCAUAAAAUCAUAGGCGUGCCUUUCGGCGAUGGAGUCACGGCCGGAAAAGCAAACCCCCCUCCUGGAUCAUCAGCGACCUUCAAAGACUGUGAUGCGCAGCGCUCGGACGCAUUGACGGCGGCACCGGGGCAAAUGUUUUAAAAGGACAGAGAAAGAGAAGAGAAAGUUAGGACUCGUUUUCUACAGGCUUCUGUUGACUGGCUGCACUUCUUCCUCUACACAACCACCAGCUCGACUGCUGCGCCACCGGAUCUCCAACCACAGGCGUAUUGCGCAAACUAUAACGCACUGCCGCAACUAGAACUAUUUGCCUCGGGGUCUUAAAUAUUAUUUAAUUUUACUUUUUAUAUGUUUGCAGUCAUUCGGACGACUUCAAAUACUGAGAAUCCUGAUGCGGAUGAAGUCAUAGUCACCCUAAUAUAAAGUAUUUGUGCGUAAAAACGCGACCACUGAUUUGUUCCUAUUUUGAAAAAACUAUUUAAUUUUUUAUUUUAUUUCACUCGCUGAGGACUUUUUCACCCUUCACCAUGUCUGAGGACGACAGUAGCUCCACCGCCAGCUGUAUGUCCGACACAGAAGGCAGCAACGUUAGCGUCCUCAACUGGGAGCAAGUGCAGCGGCUGGACGCCAUCCUGACGGAGACCAUCCCGAUCCACGGACGGGGAAACUUCCCCACUCUGGAGAUGCAGCCGCGGCAGAUCGUCAAAGUGGUGCGCAGUCGGAUGGAGGAGAAACAGAUCCACGUCCGGGACGUUCGGUUAAACGGCUCUGCAGCCAGCCACAUUCUGCACGAGGGCAGCGGACUGGGCUUUAAGGACCUUGAUCUCAUAUUUUGCGCAAAUAUGAAAGGUGAAAGUGAUUUCCAGACUGUGAAGGACAUAGUUUUGGACUGUCUUCUGGAUUUUUUACCCGACUGUGUGAAUAAAGAGAAAAUAACCCCGUUGACGUUAAAGGAAGCCUAUGUGCAGAAGAUGGUGAAGGUGUGUAAUGACUCAGACCGCUGGAGCCUCAUCUCCCUCUCCAACAACCGGGGAAAGAAUGUGGAGCUGAAGUUUGUGGACUCUCUUCGGCGACAGUUCGAGUUCAGUGUGGACUCCUUUCAGAUCAAACUGGACUCCCUGCUGCUGUUCUACGAGUGCUCAGAGAACCCCAUGGCCGAGACCUUCCACCCCACCAUCAUGGGUGAGAGUGUGUAUGGGGACUUCAGCGAAGCCCUGGACCACCUACGCCACAAGAUCAUCUGCACCCGGAACCCGGAGGAGAUCCGAGGCGGGGGUCUGCUGAAGUACUGUCACCUGCUGGUGAGGGGUUUCCGGGCCGCUUCUGAGUCAGAGAUGAAGUCCCUGCAGCGCUACAUGUGCUCACGCUUCUUCAUUGACUUCCCUGACAUAGGUGAGCAGCAGCGCAAGCUGGAGUCCUACCUUCAAAACCACUUUGUGGGCCUGGAGGACCGCAAGUACGACUACCUGAUGACCCUCCACGGAGUGGUCAACGAGAGCACGGUGUGCCUGAUGGGACACGAGAGGCGGCAGACCUUAGGGCUCAUAGCCAUGCUGGCGGUGCGUGUUCUGGCUGAGCAGAACGUCAUCCCCAACGUGGCUAAUGUUACAUGUUACUACCAACCUGCUCCUUAUGUGGCAGAUGGCAACUUUAGUAACUACUACAUAGCACAGGUACAGCCGGUGUUUGCUUGCCAGCAGCCUGCAUACUCCACCUGGCUGCCCUGUAACUGAGUCAGCCCCAAGGAAAGGAGGAGGAGGAGAGUCGGAUUUGUUUAAACAGGAGUGAGAGGCAUAGUCAUUGCCUCAAACCUGCCCAGUGUUUGACAGCUGACGAAAAAAGGAGUCUUCUUUUUAGAGCUUGUGUUUUUGUUCAUGCGUCAAGUAUGAGCAGUUGGCUUUUACUUCAAGUACGUAUUUUAAUGUGAAUAUCUCACAUUUCUUGAAAUAACAACAUCUUCUGAUCCUGCCCAGGCCAACCAGAUUUGGAAAAAGACAAAUUUUGGGUAGCUUGGAAAUAAAGGCUAAAUGCAAAUGUGUCACGGCCUUGAACGCAAGCAAGCAGAACUGUCAUCGAAAAUGCACGAGACUGAUUCAAUCAGUCUAGAACUGAUUAGCCAGCACGUUCCAACAGCAGACCAAACAGCUGCAUCAGUUGAAGUUGACAGCUACGCCACACACAUACACACACACAUUCACACACUCUAGGUGAAAUCAGAGGUGUGUGCAGGGCUCCAAAACGAGCACCCUAGACUCUGGUUUUAUGUCAGCUGAACUGAGGUGAGAUGCUGUUAAACUAGUUUGGAUAACAAACUGGCAUCUCCGCCUUGCAUUUGGAUGUAAUUAUGGUUGUUUACAGACCAAAGAUUUUUUUGAUUGUUUCUAACAUUAAAACCCAAUUUUGAUGGGGAAAAAUAAACAAAAUAUGAAGCUAUGUCUAUUUGUAUAUGUGAACAUAUGUGUUUUUAAGUGCCUAUUGCCUCUCAGCGGGCAGAGAAAAGAAUAAGCAGGCCAUAUGAUUUUUGUGAAUUAACCCCACUCUGUUUAUACACAAGACAACAGCACCCCGGAGGCUUGUGAAUGUAUACGUGAAAUCAAUGCACAGUCAGUGUUUGUGGAUGAAAGAGAGUACCACUCUCGUCUGCAGAUUUUGCAGUGAAGUAGCAGUAAAAUAUGCGAUUGAUGGGUUGUUGCAAGAUUCACAUUUUUUCCACGUGAAUUUAGAAACACAUAAACCAAAAUAAAACCAAACAUGCUGUAUUACGUUGUCCCAAAUUAAUAUUGCUAUUGAAUAUUUGCUAUGAGAAAGGAUGACAAGCAUUUUCAGAUCAUCAGCAACAAAGAAAACUGUCACUCACACACAAUUUCUUAUAUAUUCUGUACAGUGGUGCUUCUUUUUUCUCAUCAGAGGAAAAAAAAACAAAAAAAAAAACAAGUUCGCAAGAAGUAGAUAAGAGACAGAGAGAGGAAAGGGUGCAUUUGGAGAGAGAGAGAGGGCCCGACAGAGAGCUGGUGUGUGCUUCCUCUUGCAGUGGAAGGAUAUUUGCAGAGACACCUCAGAUGAUGAGACACUAUUUGCUGUAGCACCCUGGCAGGGAAUUCCUCAGCUGCUGAUGAAGAGCUUGAACUUAGCUGGGGUUGGGUCUGCAGACGCUCUGUUCGGGCUUCAGAAAAUGUUGUGCCAAACGUUUCGGUGGCCCCGCUGAUAGCCCUUAAGUUUAAUGAGGCCAUUUGUUGACGUAGGAAAAAGAUGCUGUGCGGAUAUAGAAGACUGGGAAGUAGACGGUAGAGGGAGGAAAAAAAGGGGAGAGGAAGGAAAAUGUAGUGGUUUAAAAGGCAGGAGGGAGAGUGAGUCGCUCUGGAGAGAUGGGUGCAGCUGGUGAUGGGGUUUAUCUCUCCAGGGCUACCAUGCUUUACUGUACAAACUGUCUCUGUUAAGGUCAGAUUGCAACUUAAUGGACAGUGGCUCUCCCGCUUUUUUCAGGGAGACCAAAAACAUUCUAUAAUCAGCAUUUUUUGCUCUCUGUUUUAAUCAUCUGAUUGUUGUUCGAAAGAGUGGAAACUGAAGAAAAACUGCAUGCGUUCACACCGGCCUCAGGAGACUUUAAGUUGCAACUUUCGUUUCAUUUGUGAGGUUGCUUUAUUGACGCUUAUUAAUGGUUUUGAUGCUUCAUUCCACACCAUUUUAAAAGAUCUGUGUAUAUAUAUGAUAACAUGCUUCAGCUUUGCCAACUCACUUACUCCUUGGUAACUACACUGCAGCCUUUCCGGAUGGCAGAUAGAAAAGGAAAUGAUUUUAAGCAUAAAAAGGUAGUUAGGCCCAGAAGACCAGCAUCAACUCAACACUGCGUUGAAAAGAGAAAUUCUAUCGCUGAAAAAAAAAGCAUUUCUUUUUCAUCCUCUGUCUCGCCUGACUCUGAUAAUCCAUAACUGCUCUGUUCAGUUGUUUUUUCUUCUCAGUGACUGUCCAUGUCGAUCGUAUCCUUUGGAUUGUGCAGGCAAUGUAUUGUCCUUUUAUACUCAGUGAAGUCCUAACAGCUGACUAGCUAGCUAGCUCCAGUCUGCCUGUCAGUUAGUGAUUGUGCCUAUCAGUUAGAGAUUGUGGGUUACUGCAUUGUCUUGUAUGCGUUGUCUCAAAUAUCUGUUUCUGUUCAUGCAGUCUUUUACAAAUCACACAAAGAAAAAGAUCCUUGUCUUGUAUGUAUAUUUUUUAUGAUUGUUAUUUUUUAUAAAUGUAUCAGACACUGCGGGUGUUGCAGUGCUUUUGAAUCUGUGAUUGGGCUUCAAAGGAUAUGUUCUCAAUAGCUUUUUUGCUAUAUUAUGUUAUGUGUCCAAUGGGUCAAAAAGUUAAAGAUGUUUUCAUCAAUAAAAUAUUUGAAAAACAGA